UUUUUUCGUUAUAUCCAUGCAUGAAGCGGGAAUCGCAUCACUUGUUGAUUUGCUUGAACUCAAUGUCAUGAAGGUGCAGAGAGCAGGAGCAGGGGCUCUGCGGACUAUUGCCUUUAAAAACGAUGAGAAAAAAAAUCAGGUUUGAAGCGGUUGGCUAUGAUUUUAUCCGUUCCUGCUGUUCUGAGAGCCAAAGGGUUGUAGCUUUGUUGCUUGGGCAAUUUGCAGCUACUGAUUCGGACUGCAAGGUGCAUAUUGUUCGGAGUGGUGCUGUCCCACCAUUAAUUGAGAUUGAGAUGCUUCAGUCCCCUGAGCCCAACCUGAGGGAAAUGGCAGCAUUUGCAUUGGGGAGCCAAACAAGGAUCGUACAGCCAAGACUAUAAAAAGAUUGGAGGAGAAAAUCCAUGGACGGCGCCCUGAUCUGCCUCUGUGGACAAGAAAGUAGAGUCGAGAUUGCGACCUGAGCGAGAGCAUUGCGGACGAUAUCUUCUUCAGCUUUACCAAUCGACGCAGUGGCGGCCGUGCGAUUGGCAUCGAAAUAUUUCGAUAGCUUCCGCUUCUUCGAGUUUCUUUUGGCAGAGCUAGUAGGUCUUUUGCGCCGAUUCUGGCUCUCCAUGUCUUCUGUAGAUGAGAGAGAUGGGGAGGUAGUAGAAAAGGAGAUCUGGAGGGAUAGUUUGGGGAAAUGGAUUGGGUUUACGUUUCUUCCAUUUGUUUCUAUUCUAAUGCGAACCCUGUGGCUGUGGGCUUGGUGUUGGUUGUUAUAUUUGUUGGAGGAGAAGGACAAAAUGAUCAUUGAUAGCGAGAAGAAAGGGCAAA